AUGUCCACUCUGGCAUGCACCUCUGUGGAACUUAAAUCUUCUUUUGUAAAGGCAGAAGCUCAUUCUCUGAAGGAUAAUGUGGAUCACCCGAAAGAUGGAGUUGGAAAGACUACAUUGAUCCAGAAAGCAACUCAAGCUCUGAAAUCCUCUGGAAUCCCUAUUGAUGGAUUUUAUACAGAGGAAGUCAGAGUGGAUGGCAGGAGAACAGGAUUUGAUGUUGUCACUUUGUCUGGAGGACGGGGAACUUUAUCAAAAGUUGGUUCUGAUUCAACUACUGCAAGACGUGAAUAUCGUGUUGGGCAGUACGUAGUGGACCUGGUUUCAUUUGAGCAAUUGGUUCUUCCUGUGCUGAGAAAUGUUAAUCUUGACAGUGGCACAGGGAAAAAAGUUUGUGUAAUAGAUGAGAUUGGUAAAAUGGAACUCUUCAGUCAGUCUUUUAUACGAGCCGUUCGUCAAACUCUGGCUGGUUCAGGGACUGUGAUACUUGGAACUAUACCAAUACCUAAAGGCAAGCCACUCGGACUUGUGGAAGAAAUACGAAGUAGGAAGGAUGUUAAGGUAUUCAGUGUUACUAAGGAAAAUAGAGACAGCCUUUUGGAGGAUAUUGUGACAACUGUUCAGAAUUGCAGAAAAUGAAGACAACUUUCUUUUUUGUAAGAAAAAUAAGUUCUUAUUUUAGUUUAUAGCAGGAAAGCACAGACCUACACCUGCACCAAGGCACUGCAGUCUUCAUUGUGAGCAGGAUAGUACUCAAGUGGAAAAGAAGUUGGUGGGGUCCCAUGUUUGUCGCUUUCUUAUAAAUAAAAAAAAAAACCAAAAACUUGCCAGGAUUCUCUCUCACACAGACAUGCACCCUGCUCCACAACCUCCCCCUGCCACAGUGCCUCAUCCUGGGAUUUGAAACCAACUGGUUACAGUUAUGCAUAUCCAAUUAACUAUCAAAGUCAAUUGAACCACUGAUUUAGGCUGUGGUUUUGCAAUACAUAGUGCAUAGAUGGCCAGCUGUGCCCAGAGACAAAUUAAAAUAAUUGGGGCUCUUUUAUAGACCGAAAUCUAUACCACUCAUUGAAGAAUUAGUGCUUGGCUUCUGCAGAGCAGGAUAGAAUCUUGUCUGAACUACAUUAUUUUCUAUAUGUAUUAUCAUCACCUCCAAAAUGACCUAGCUUAGGCAUUCUGUUUAAACAUGUCUUCAUGACCUUUCCAAUGAGCUUUGGCUGGUCAGUAUUACAGCCCAAUACAGAAAGUAUAGAGCAGGUAAGCUGAGUUCAAUUUUGAAUCGGAGAUAAAGCACUGUGUAUCUUGAUGGCAUCUUUAUAGAAAAGGCCCACUUUAAAUCAUUUAACUGCUGCCUGAGGGGUGCAUUGCCUGUUCUAUAUUUCUUUAGCAAAUUUUGUGAUGGGAAGGAAAAACAAGACAAUACUUUAGUACCCUGGCUUCCUUGGCAGACGCUUUUAUUCCAUGAAAUAUUUAAAAUAUAAGUUCAAACUUAAUGCUACAUUUGACUAUUCAAGUUGAACAAUUCAUUAAGGUUUAUUGAUGCUUAAUGAUUUCUGUUUAUUUCCUUUUUCAAUCCUGUACGUAGUUUUUGGUUAAUGAUGAAAUAAGACAUGAUUGAGAGUAUUAGAUGACAUAUAUCCCCAGGAGGUUUGUAAAUGUGUUCAGGAAAAAGAAGUGUUUACCACUUAAUCAGUUUUGCAUGUCAUGAAAACUUAAUUCCCAGCCAGGUGCAGACUUGUUCUCUCAUGAUACAAAGCAUUCUCUGGCUUUAAAAA